UAUAAGACCAUGGCUGCUUCCCUAUCAGCAUGACUCAAACAUUUUCUGUUUUCUUUGUAUUUUCUUCAUCUUGAUCUUCAAGAAAGAACUGAUCUUUCCUAUCAGCUUGUUCAUAAUUUCUUGGGCUGGAGAGAUUGAUCAGAGCAAAGGAAGAAGAAGAACUUAAGAUCAUCAUCAUCAUCAUCCAUCAUCUCCAUGGCUGAUUCAUUUGAUGAAGAGUGUGAUUAUCUGUUUAAAGCUGUUCUUACUGGAGAUUCUGGUGUUGGGAAAUCAAACCUUCUCUCAAGAUUUGCAAAAGAUGAAUUCAGGUUAGAUUCAAAGCCCACAAUAGGUGUGGAAUUUGCUUACAGGAAUAUAAAGGUUGGAGACAAGCUGAUCAAGGCUCAGAUAUGGGAUACUGCUGGCCAAGAAAGGUUUAGAGCCAUUACCAGUUCAUACUACCGAGGAGCACUAGGUGCGAUGUUAGUCUACGACAUAACAAGGCGAGCAACAUUCGAAAAUGUGAAGAAAUGGUUGCAGGAGCUAAGACAAUUCGGGAGUGGAGACAUGGUGGUUGUUCUUGUUGGUAACAAAACUGAUCUGGGUCACUCUAGAGAGGUGAGUAAGGAAGAAGGAAACAGUGUUGCCGAGACAGAAGGUUUGUGUUUCAUGGAAACAUCUGCAUUAGAGAAGGUGAAUGUGGAGGAAGCAUUCAUGCAUAUGAUUACCAAAAUCCAUGAAAUCACAAGCCAAAAAAGCUUAGAAGCCAAAACAAAUGGAUCAGCCCCAAGCAGUACCACUCUUUGUAGUGGAGAAAAGAUAAUCACUAUUGAUCAUGAAGUCACAGCCACCAAGCAAUCAACUACUUGUUGCAUAAAGUAGAUUGCUAAUUACAAAGAUCAUUUGGAGUUUUUAUCAUCUCUAGUUGCUAUUGUUAUUUGGUUUUUCUUUCUUUCUUUUUCUUUUUGGUUAUGAGCAAAUAUCAACAUUUUACCACAUUAGAUGGACUGAAUCAGAGAGAGAAUGUAAGUAAUGAGAGAAAGCUUAAUUCAUUGACAAAAGAAGGAGGCAUUAUUGGUUUUUUUUUCAAUGAAAUUUAUUGAGCCUAACCCACAUAUGGGAAAGGAGUUUGAGAAGAAAAAUAAAAGACUA